UUGGGGCCUAAACAAAGAUCCGAUUUGGGAAAAAUCACUCUUGCAUGGCCGAUUGCUAUUGUAUCAACGUGCAGUGCCUGGGGUGUGAUUUUGAGUAGCAGUAGACGACGAAGGUAGAUCGUCAGGAAGGUUAAAGGACGAAAGGGAUAUAAAAGUUGUGCGCGAUAGUGGAGCGGUGGGACGGGUUUAUCAGUGCAGUAAAUAGCAGCCGGGUGAAAACAAUCGAGAUAGAUAAUUAAUACGGCUCUCGUAAAGUCCGAUGUCUAGUGCUGAGGUGGUGGAGAGCUCCGUUGAUCCCCCAGCCAAGAAACGACGCGUUGCUGCCACCACGGCAGAAGGAGCCGGUGACAUCGCGUCAAUUGUAGACAUGGCGAAAAAUGGUUCAACUUCUCGGCAACAAGCCGAUAUUGACGAGGGAUUAUAUUCAAGGCAGCUCUAUGUCCUGGGACAUGACGCCAUGCGUCGUAUGGCAUCGUCCGAUGUCCUUAUCUCGGGCCUUGGUGGUCUUGGUGUUGAAAUUGCCAAGAACGUCAUCCUCGGAGGUGUUAAAUCCGUCACACUUCAUGACAAUGCUGUCUGUCAAAUUGCUGACCUUGGGUCACAAUUUUACUUGACCGAGGAGGAUAUUGGUAAAAAUCGCGCCGAAGCUUGCUGUGGACGUCUCGCUGAAUUAAAUAAUUAUGUACCAACACGACAUCACGAUGGAACAUUGUCAGAGAAUUUUCUUAAGAAAUUCAAGGUAAUUGUUCUCACUGAAACAACAAUAAAGGAACAAUUGCGCAUUGCCGAAAUAACACACGCCAAUGGAAUUGCACUUAUUAUUGGUGAAAGUCGUGGACUAUAUUCUCAAGUGUUUUGUGAUUUUGGCGAUAAAUUCACAGUGGUUGAUACAAAUGGUGAACAACCAGUGAGCGCAAUGAUUGCAAGUAUUUCACGUGAUAACGAAGCUGUUGUCACAUGUUUAGAUGACACUCGUCAUGGAAUGGAGGACGGUGAUUAUGUGACAUUCUCGGAAAUUCAAGGAAUGAUUGAAUUAAAUGGUUGUGAACCGAAGAAAAUUAAAGUACUCGGUCCCUAUACAUUUAGCAUUGGCGAUACAACAAAAUUCACUGAAUAUCAUCAAGGUGGAAUUGUAACGCAAGUGAAAAUGCCAAAAACAUUGAAUUUCUUGCCAUUGAAUGAGGCAUUGAAGAAACCGGAAUUUAUUAUCACUGAUUUUGCGAAAUUCGAUCAUCCAGAGCAGGCGCAUCUUGCCUUUCAGGCAAUGCAUCGUUUUGUAGAGAGUAAGGGACAAGCGCCAAGGCCAUGGAACGAGGAUGAUGCUCAAGAGUUUGUUAAUUUUGUCCAAGUGGUGAAGGAUGAAUUUGAAUCCGACGUGGAAUUGAAUAAGGAAUUUUUGACAACAUUCGCAAAAAUAAGCGCUGGUAAUUUAAAUCCGAUAAAUGCGACAAUUGGCGGUAUUGUAGCGCAGGAAGUGAUGAAGGCUUGUUCCGGUAAAUUUCAUCCAAUCUAUCAGUGGUUGUACUUUGACGCUUUGGAAUGUCUCCCCGAGGAUAGAAGUGAACUGACAGAGGAGGAUUGUGCACCAAUUGGUAGUCGUUACGAUUCGCAGACUGCAAUAUUCGGACGCAAAUUCCAGGAGAAAAUUGCAAACUUGAAAUAUUUUGUCGUCGGCGCCGGUGCUAUUGGUUGCGAACUCCUGAAGAAUUUCGCAAUGAUGGGCCUGGCAACUGACGGCGGUUGCAUCACCGUCACCGAUAUGGACUUCAUCGAAAAAUCAAACCUAAAUCGUCAAUUUCUAUUCAGACCGCAAGACGUCCAAAAGUCAAAGUCAUCAACAGCGGCUCGUGUCAUCAAGACAAUGAAUCCAGACGUAAAUAUUGUUGCCCAUGAAAAUCGGGUUUGUAUCGAAACGGAGAAAAUUUAUAACGAUGAAUUUUUCGCUGCACUCGAUGGCGUUGCCAAUGCACUUGACAAUGUUGACGCGAGAAUUUACAUGGAUCGUCGUUGUGUUUAUUAUCGAAAGCCAUUACUCGAAUCGGGCACUUUGGGAACAAAGGGAAAUACACAAGUUGUCGUUCCAUUUCUCACUGAAUCUUAUAGUUCAUCGCAAGAUCCACCGGAGAAGAGUAUUCCAAUUUGUACUUUGAAAAAUUUCCCCAAUGCAAUUGAACAUACUUUACAAUGGGCGAGGGAUAAUUUUGAGGGUCUUUUCCGUCAGGCGGCUGAGAAUGCAUCGCAAUAUGUUUCUGAUUUGCAAUUCAUUGAGAGAACUCUUAAAUUACCGGGUGUACAACCAUUGGAGGUACUUGAAUCUGUGAAGGUUGCAUUGAUUGAUGAGAGGCCUAAGAAUUUCCAGGAUUGCGUUGCUUGGGCACGUUGCCAUUGGCAGGAGCAAUAUAAUAAUCAAAUUAGACAACUACUUUUUAAUUUUCCACCCGAUCAAGUGACAUCGAGUGGACAACCAUUUUGGUCGGGACCAAAACGUUGUCCUGAACCGCUUAUAUUCGACGUUAAUAAUCCAUUGCAUUUAGAUUAUAUUAUCGCUGGAGCUAAUUUAAAGGCAGCUGUCUAUGGCCUACCGGCUAAUCGGAAUCGUGAGGAAAUUAUUCAAAUGGCGGGCAAUGUUCAUGUUCCUGAAUUCACACCGAAAUCUGGUGUUAAAAUUGCUGAAACUGAUUCUCAGGUGCAGGUCUCAAAUGGAAGUGGAAAUAUAGAUCACGAACGAUUGACACAAUUACAAGACGAAUUGCCAAAAGCAAAUGAAUUAAGUGGCUUGGUAAUUAUUCCCCAGGAAUUUGAAAAGGAUGACGACACAAAUUUCCAUAUUGAUUUCAUUGUUGCCGCAUCAAAUUUACGAGCGACUAAUUAUAAAAUAACACCGGCUGAUCGUCACAAGAGUAAAUUAAUUGCCGGUAAAAUAAUACCAGCAAUUGCGACAACAACAUCGGUUGUUGCUGGUUUAGUUUGUUUGGAGUUGAUUAAAUUAACCCGUGGCGUUAAGGAUAUAUCAAUAUAUAAAAAUGGUUUCGUUAAUCUCGCAUUACCAUUCUUUGGCUUUUCAGAGCCAAUAAAUGCGCCAAAAUUGAAAUAUUACGAGACAGAGUGGACACUUUGGGAUAGAUUUGAAGUGACUGGCGAAUUAAGUCUCAAAGAAUUUCUCGAUUAUUUCAAAAAUAAUCAUAAUCUAGAGGUGACAAUGCUCUCGCAGGGUGUUUGUAUGUUGUAUUCAUUUUUCAUGCCUAAAGCAAAAUGCGUUGAGCGCAUGUGCUUGCCAAUGUCAGAGGUUGUGAAACGUGUCUCGAAGAAAAAACUCGAGCCCCACGUACACGCAUUGGUAUUUGAACUUUGCUGCAAUGACGAUUGUGGCAAUGAUGUCGAGGUACCAUACGUUCGUUACACUUUACCCUGAUCUUUAAAGUGUCCGCUACUCAUUUAAGAAAAUAAAAAUUAUAAUUAAAUAAUAAAAUAAUAAUAUUAUUAAUAAUUACUUAACACAAUUCAUCGUAAUCAUUUCUAUCAAAAUUAUAUUUUGCCGUACAAUGCAAAUAUUAUUUUUGAAAAAAUCAUUUUUGGACAAAAUGCAAAAAAUUAUUAUUUUUUUUUUCAUUAAAAAAAAUAAUUCCAAAAAUUAUUCUCAUUAUUCGAUAAAUUUCUAUUUGUCGAAAUUAAUUUAAAAGAUUCAACUUCAUUGUUUAGAAUUAUGUUAAUUUUUUUCGAAUAGUAAAAUUAUCAACGAAUAAAUAAAAAUUUAUUUUAGCACAAGUUCAAAUGUGAUUUUCUCCAAAAAUAUCGAUUCGUUCUUCAUCUCUCAAAUCAGAUUUAAUUAAAAGAAAAACCUUAGGCACACAUUUAAACAUUUCACCUUCUUUUUUCUAUGUUCUCGCCUUUCUUUUUUGUCAUUCUGCUUUUCACUACAUUUAGUGCUCAAUAUUAUUAAAAAAAAAAGUUAAAAAACAAUUUUUUUGCCUACAAAAAGUUGUCAUUUUCCGAAAUUUGUUUUUAACUUCGUUUUAAUGUGUGAUUUAAAAGCGCAAAAAAAAUGCAACUUACAAAAAAAGAAAAUCUGCGAAGAAAUUAGAAAAUUAAUUAUUUCUUUUCUGAUUUCCGUUCUAAUAGAGUGAAGUGUAAAUUAAAAAACAAAAUAAUUGUGAAAGUUAGUCAAAAUACGGAUAGCACUUUGAAAAUAAUAUAGAAGCAAUUAAUAUCUUUAGCAAUUAUUAUUAUUAUUAUAUUAUUAUUAUAAAAAUGAAAAACACGAAUAUCAAAUAGAUUUGCCACCAGCUGCUUGCUUGAAGGGGAGAAAAAGAGAGUGAGAAAGAAUAAAAAAAAAAAUGCCGAACACACUUAUCAUUUUAAUAUUAAAUCCGUAAAAAAGAAAAUUCUUUGUUGUGUUAUGUUGAAAAAAAAAUUGUAUUUUCCCCGAGUUUUCGUGUUUUUUUUCUCUGAGUGUAUACCCACAUCUUCUUCGUAUUUUUUUUUCCUUCUUUCUUUUCUUUUUUUGGGCACUGAUAAAAUUAUUAUACUUGAAACAAUUGUGUGAUAAUGCAUUUAAAUUUGUAAAAAAAAACCAAAAAAAAAAAAAUACUGAAGAAGCUUUUUUAACGAAAAAAAAAAAUUUAAAAACCGUCAUUAUAGAAAAAUUAAAAUAAAAAAAGGGAUAUUUUAUUAAUUGUAAACACUAUUGCGAACAAUUAUUGUAGUAAAUAAAACUAGAUGUGUUUGGAUUUUUGAAAUUUACGAAAUAAAUAAUAAUAAACAAAA